AUGGCAGCUACAGAGAAAGACCAAAGUGCUAUUGAGAAAGCAAAGCAACUCAACAAUAUACCCUGGUGCGACGAGUACGAAAAGAUGAUCUCCGGCAUGCUUUACGAUUCUUUCGUGUCCGAGCUGGAGGCAGGUAGAUUCAGAGCACGAGCGUGGUGCCAUAAGUUCAACAACUGGUUCCCACAUGAGGACCCCACCAUGGACUUUCGUCGACUAUGUGAAGCACGAAGAAAGUUGCUUCCAGAAAUAUUUGGUGCUGUGGGACCAGAAUCGACUAUCGAACCACCAUUCAUAUGUGACUACGGCUCAAAUAUCAGGAUAGGAUCUCGCUUCUUCGCAAACUUUGGUUGCAUUAUUCUCGACUGUGGUCUAGUGGAAAUUGGUGAUCGUGUCAUGUUCGGACCUAAUGUUCAUCUUUAUGCCGCCACUCACGAAACAGAGGUUGAAAGCCGGCGUAAAGAUAUCGAGUAUACAAGACCUAUCGUGAUUGAAGAUGAUGUGUGGGUCGGCGGUCAAGCCGUGAUUCUUCCAGGCGUGACUAUCGGCAAAGGCUCUACGGUCUCAGCUGCAUCAGUUGUUACGAGGGACGUACCCCCAUGGUCAGUGGUUCGCGGGGCGCCGGCAAGAGUUGUCAAACAGGUCACACCAGUGGAAGAUUUGCCCAAAGGGACGUGA